AUGGAAAGCACCAUGGAGGCACUAAGUUGCAUUGCACGCGAAAAGCUUUCUUCAUCUUAUAAUUCUCCUGUUUCCCUCAUCUUCUAUUUGCUAUUAAGCUUCGAGUUAGGAAGUCGGCUUAAGGUUGUGUGUUUGAUGUAUUACAAGGAGGUAGGAACUAUUAAGUGUUCAUGUGUGGGGUUAUUGAGUAAGUAUAUUCUAAAGGAGAUAUCUAGCUUCC